AUAGGCCAAUAAUCACGAUACAUACAUUUUACCAUCAAAUAAUCAAGCUAAGUGAGGAUGGCGAUGAGGGGUCGAGGCGUCGCUGGGGUUUGGCCGGUGUACGAAGAUUUCAAGCCCAACUCGGAAUGGCAACAAGAUGUUCAUUCCCAUAGCCUCAUUAUUUCUAUCCCUGGUUUCAUGAGAGAGCAACUUAGGGUUUCGACAGAAGGCCGUAACAUCGUUAGGGUUCGUGGGGAGCGACUCAUUGCCGGCAACAAAUGGAGCCGUUUCCUCGAGGAUUUCGAGGUUCCUGAGAAUUCCGACAUGAACUCAAUUCGAGCCAAGUUCCACGAUGGCGCUCUCACCAUCACAAUACCAAAAAAGACAAUCGACAAGCCUCAUCAUGAGGCUCGCGAAGAAGAGAAACAAAAACAUGUUGAGGACCGGGGCAAGGAAGCUAGCUCAUCGAAAACAAAGCUGGCCGGAGCUGAGAGAGAGGAAGCUGCAAAGGAAGAGAGGAUGAAAGAACUUCCAGCCAAGGAAAAGGGAAAAGAAGGAAAAGGAAAGGAAGGAAUCGAGUCGAGUGGAAGUGAAGAUGGAGCUUUCACCAAGGCAGUGAAAGGAGGAAAGAAAAAAGAGGUAAUCGAGUCGAGUGGAGCGAUUGCGAAAGCAGUGAAAGGCGUGGCUGAGCUGAAUGAAGAGAGGAAGUUGAUGGUGAAUAUGGGGGUGGCUGUGCUUGUAAUCGUCUCGUUUAGUGCUUAUGUCACCUACAAGUUUGUAGCAGGAGACGAUAAGAAAUAGAUAGGUUGUAUAACCUAAACUAUGUAACACAAAAUAAUAUAAGAUGAGAUUGUCGAAUAUACUAUCAAAUGCCAAGACAUUUCAUCUUUUAUAUAAUCAUUGGUGUUUAAUAUAAAACUAGUGAAAUUUUUUUAUUUAAGCAA